AUGCUCAGUGACAUAUCGAUUAACAUUACACAAAACUUGCUCCAUGGUCAGUUUUCCACUUGUCAGGGUUUGGAAGACACCACAUUGGGUAAUUUUCUUCAGUACUCAAUAUGUAAUGGUGAAUUUGCCCAAAUUCUCUUUACUGGACAUCAACACUGGGUUUGUGCAUCAAACAUUGGUUGUCAAAAAGGAGAAAUUAAUAUAUAUGACAGUUCCAACCAUGGCAAUGUGAGUAGCUAUGUUAAGAAACAAGUUGCUGCGAUUCUACAUGAGGAAGGACCAGAAAUUACUAUUAACAUAAAGUCAGUCCAACAGCAACAAAAUGGUACUGAUUGUGGAGUAUUUUCCAUUGCUUUCCUGACCUCUCUACUACAUGGUGGUGACCCCGCAACACGAACCUACAGAAACAACAAACUUCGUGAACAUUUACUUACCUGCAUUUUGAAUGGCUAUGUGACUCCCUUUCCUGAAGACCAAGGAUUGAGAGUUAGAAGGUGCAAGGAAAGAAAACUACAAAUCCAACUUUUCUGUACUUGCCGCAUGCCUUGGGAUGAGAUGGAUGAAAGAAGAAAAGACACACAAAUAAUUUCAUGUGACACAUGUGGUAAAUGGUUUCACUGUUCAUGCGAACAAAUUCCAGACAUUGUCUUUCAAGAGCAAAGUUUCUGGCAAUGCUCUGUGUGUUCAUCUUGUUUGAAAACAAGGAUAAAAAAGAAUAAUGGUCCCCUCAUUUAG